CCGCCUCCGAGGUCAGGGGUCAGGGGUCAGCGGAUUGUGAAAGAUCUGCUGCUACAAGUGGCGGAGAUCUGAGGUCCUGACCCUAUGGCACCGCCGCACCGCUGUCCUCUCUGCCGCCAGACCUUUUUCUGUGGUCGCGGGCACGUUUACAGCCGCAAACACCAGCGGCAGCUGAAGGGAGCUUUGGAGCGGUUUCUGCCCCAAGUGGAGGCCGCCCGCAAGGCCGUCCGCGCGGUUCAGGUGGAGCGUUACGUGCCCGACCACGAGCGGUGCUGCUGGUGCCUGUGCUGUGGCUCGGAAGUGCGGAAACACCUGAGCCACGGCAACCUGACGGUGCUGCACGGGGCGCUGCUGGAGCAUCUGGCCAGCCCAGAGCACAAGAAAGCCACCAACAAAUUCUGGUGGGAGAACAAGGCUGAGGUCCAGAUGAAAGAGAUGUUUCUGAUCUCCCCCCAGGACUAUGCACGAUUCAAGAAAUCCAUGGUGAAAAGUUUGGAUUCCUAUGAGGAAAAAGAGGAUGAAGUGAUCAAAGAGAUGGCAGCUCAUAUCCGAGAGGUGGAGCAGAGCCGGCAGGAGGUAGUCCGAUCUGUCUUAGAGCCUCAGACAGAGCCAGAUCCAGAAGAGGGCUCUUCAGCAUCUGGAAGCUGCAAAGGGAUAAACCGCCAAGUAGCCUCCAGUUCACAGGAGCCCUCAUUCCUGGACCUGCCACCAGCUCCAGAACUUGACUGGAUGGAGCCUGGACAACCUCUGACAUUCAUUGGCCACCAGGCCUUUCCAUUUCACUGCACUGCUCCCUUUUUUGGUACCAGGGAUCAAAUUCAGGACCUUGCAAAUGUGAGGCAGGAUCUACCCGGAGUUGGUAACAUCCACUCAGGUGCCAUACCUCCUUGGAUGAUUCAGGAUGAGGAACACAGCUCUGGGAACCAACAAAUAGGACCUUCCUAUGAAGAAUUUCUUAAAGAAAUGGAGAAACAAAAACUGAAAAAACUCCCCCCAGACCGAGUUGGUGCCAACUUUGACCAUACCUCUAGCACCACUGCAGGCUGGCUGCCUUCUUUUGGUAGAGUAUGGAACAACGGGCGCCGCUGGCAGUCCAGGCAUCAAUUUAAAACUGAAGUUGCAACAAGGACCAAACAGCAGUCUCAUAAAGAGAAGAGCUGAUCAUUACCAGAUAUUCUUCCACAACCAACCUCUAUCCA